CACGGACCAUCUCUUCUCCACCACCGCCACCUCGUCUCCUCUCCCCUCCAGUCCCCCCCCCCCCUCCUUCCUCACCCCACCACAUGGCGGCGGCGCUCGCCUCCUCCCGCUGCUGCUGCAGCCGCCCGUCGCUGCCGCCGCUCCCGGCCCGCGGCCGCCGCGCCGUCGCCCGGUGCGCGCUCGGCGGAGGAGAGAAAAGAAACUCCUUCAGCUGGAAAGAGUGUGCGAUUUCUGUUGCCUUGUCAGUUGGAUUGAUCAGUGGUGCACCAACAUUAGGAUCGUCGGCCUAUGCUUCUCCUCUCGAACCUGUUCUUCCAGAUGUCUCUGUUCUGAUCUCUGGACCUCCCGUUAAAGAUCCAGGUGCUUUACUAAGAUAUGCUUUGCCAAUAAAUAACAAAGCUAUUCGUGAGGUUCAAAAGCCACUGGAGGAUAUCACUGACAGUCUCAAGGUUGCUGGUGUUAGAGCCUUGGAUUCAGUUGAAAGAAAUGUCAGACAAGCAUCGAGAGCACUGGACAAUGGGAGAGGUGUAAUUCUUGAUGGUCUUGCUGAGUCCAAAAGAGCAAAUGGAGAAGAGUUAUUGGAUAAAUUGGCUGUUGGACUUGAUGAGCUUCAAAGAAUUGUUGAAGACAGAAAUAGGGAUGCUGUAGCUCCAAAGCAGAAAGAGCUUCUCCAGUAUGUUGGAACUGUAGAAGAAGACAUGGUUGAUGGCUUUCCCUAUGAAAUACCAGAAGAGUACAGCAACAUGCCUCUUCUCAAAGGAAGAGCUACUGUGGAUAUGAAGGUUAAAAUUAAGGACAAUCCCAACAUAGAAGAUUGUGUAUUUCGAAUAGUUCUGGAUGGAUAUAAUGCUCCUGUGACUGCUGGGAACUUCGUAGAUUUGGUGGAACGGAAAUUCUAUGAUGGCAUGGAAAUCCAGAGAGCUGACGGCUUUGUUGUUCAAACCGGAGAUCCAGAGGGACCAGCUGAGGGGUUCAUCGAUCCCAGCACUGGCAAAAUUCGCACAAUACCUCUUGAAAUAAUGGUUGAUGUUGAUAAGGCUCCUGUAUAUGGUGAAACACUUGAAGAACUUGGCCGCUACAAGGCUCAAACGAAACUUCCUUUUAAUGCAUUUGGAACGAUGGCAAUGGCUAGAGAAGAAUUUGAUGAUAAUUCAGCUUCUAGUCAAAUCUUUUGGCUCUUAAAAGAGAGUGAGCUAACUCCAAGCAAUGCCAAUAUAUUGGAUGGACGGUAUGCAGUAUUUGGAUAUGUAACCGAGAAUGAGGAUUUCUUGGCGGAUGUCAAAGUUGGGGAUGUCAUCGAAUCAAUCCAAGUCGUCUCAGGCUUGGACAACCUUGUGAACCCAAGCUACAAGAUAGUAGGAUAACGUGUUUUGUAUCAGAGUUCCUUGGCCGCAAUUGUGUCUUGAAAUUGAUGUAAAGCAUAUAAUAUCUAACUCUUAUAACCUUGUCUCUUGUUAAUGAGGCUGUGUCAUGUGGAAUUCCUUGGCGGCAAUUGUGUCUUGAAAUUGAUGUAAAGCACUGUAUAAUAUCUAACUCGUAUAACAGGCUGUGUCAUGGGGGAUUCAAUAUUAAUUGAAAGUUCAGAAUAA